CCUGCUCAUUCUUCUUCCUCCAACCAAACCCACGCAGCAGAACGAAAUCGAGUUCCGAAACCCUAGACCGAUAGCAGAGGCAAAAGAAGGAAGAAUCCCCCCUGAGAUUACUAAACAAUGGCGAUCGCUCGAACAGGAGUUUACGUUGACGAUUACCUAGAGUAUGCAAGCACGCUGCCCGCUGAGCUUCAGAGGCUUCUUAACACGAUCAGGGAACUCGACGAGCGAUCCCAUUCAAUGAUCAAUCAAACGAGGCAACAGACGAAGUUCUGUCUAGGAUUAGCAUCGCAGAGCUCAAGGAAAGGUAAUGGCAAUGGCUGCAAUAACUAUAAUGGUAAUGAAGAGGACGACGCUAUAGACAGCCAUAUAAAACGGCUUGAUGAGGAUCUGAACAACUUUGCAGAAGAUUUGAAGCAAGAAGGAAAGAUACCGCAAGAUGAACCAGCUAUAUUGCCGCCACUGUCUAUUAUGAUUCCAAAACCGGAAAAGCGUAAACCCUUGUAUGGAACACCUCAAUCAAAAAGGAUGGAUUUUAGGGACAGAGAUUGGGAUCGAGAACGUGAUAGGGAUUUCGAGCUCAUGCCUCCACCAGGGAGCCAUAGAAAGGAUUUUGCUGUACCUGUUGACGUCGAUCAACCAAUUGAUCCCAAUGAACCAACCUAUUGUGUCUGCCAUCAGGUAUCCUUCGGUGAUAUGAUUGCAUGUGAUAACGAAAAUGUGAGCAACCUUCUCUCCCAUUUUGCUCUUUUGCCUUCUAUUGUAGCUCAAGAUUUCCACCACUUGAGUAUUCCAUGUCUGUUUCAUAUUAGCCCUCAUGCUUUGUACUUGGUUUCGCAGUGCCAAGGAGGAGAAUGGUUCCAUUAUACGUGCGUUGGGCUUACACCAGAGACUCGAUUCAAGGGAAAAUGGUACUGCCCAACCUGCAGGCUUCUACCUCACUGUCAGUGA